AUGGAUCCAGCCACGUUGCAAGUCUUCCAGCGGGAACUCACAUGCCCAAUUUGCGUGAACUUCUUCCUAGACCCAGUCACCCUAGACUGUGGGCACAACUUCUGUAGAUCUUGUCUUUGUCUGAGCUGGGAGGAAGCUGAGACUCCCAUGUGCUGCCCCAUGUGUAAGGAGAUGUCAGAGAAGACCAACUUCAAAACCAAUGAUGUGCUCAAGAAGCUGGCUGCUGCUUCCAGACAGUACCAAUUGAACCAGGUCAGCAGGUUGCAGGAGCAGUACCCUGUGGCACAGAUGGAAGCAGAAGGGAUCCUCAAUGAUGCUGACAAGAGUCUAGACUGUGAGCCUCUCUCUGAAUGCCCACAGCCCGAGACACAUGGCCACACCAUGGUGGAAUGUGCUGCUGAGGAGUCCCGGGAAAAACUUUUAAAGGAAAUGAAUACUUUAUGGGAACGUUUCCAGGAAUUGAAAAACAAUGUGAUGCAGGAAAUUAAAAAGGCACAUUCAUUCAAGGAAUAUGUGUCCAUAAAGGAGUUGAUGAUAAAAGUUCAGUACCAGAAGUUGCAUAUACUUCUCUACGAGGAGGAGCAACUGCAGCUGCAGGCCCUGCACAGAGAAGCACAGGAGAUUUCCCAGCAGCUCAAGGACAGUGAGAUGAGAAUGACCCAGCAGAAACACCAGGUGAAAGAAACGUACAGAGAGCUGGCUGAGGCAUGCCGGAAGCCUGACCUGGAGUUACUGCAGGAUAUGGGGAGUGUAUUAGAAAGAGCAGAACUGGUACAGACACUCAAUCCCCAGCCAGUUAACCCAGAGCUGACGUUAUGGCACAUCACUGGACUCACAGAGAUGCUAUACAACUUCAAAGUGGAUCAUGGUCUGAAGAAGGAAGUGGCCCGCAACUACUUAAGGCUCUCUGAGGACCUCAGAAGUGCAAUAGUUGGAGAAGAACAUCGCGGUGUCCCCAGCCAUUCCCAGAGAGCAGAGAGCUUUGCUGUGUGGGGUGCUCAGACCUUCACCUCUGGCAAGCAUUACUGGGAGGUGGAUGUGUCAUCCUCUUCCAAUUGGAUUUUGGGAGUCUGCUAUGAUUCCAGCACAAGUGAUACCAGUGACAUUCUUAAUCUCGAAGAAGCAUUUCUCCUGGCCUCCCUGAAGAGUAACAACCAUUACGUCCUUUCCACCAGUGUUCCACCCUUAACUCACUAUGUGAAAAUGCCCCUGAGUAGCGUUGGGGUGUUUCUGGAUUGUGACCAUGGAACAGUGAGUUUCUAUGACGCUGACAUAGGUUCCCUCAUACAUUGUAGUGAUCCAACCCACUUUACUUCUCCUCUGAACCCCUUUUUGUGCCUUUGUCCCCCAUGA